AUGCCCCUGUUCGUGCCAGUCCAGGGCGUUUCCCGGGUCGGCGUUUCCGCCGAAAGCUUAGCCGCUUCCCUGUACGCUGGUGGCCCCUUGGCCUCUGCCAACCUGGAAUUGCAUGGCGCAGGCCAUAUGGGUAUAGGGCCCUUGGACAGAAUCAUCAUGUCUCUUGAAUCAGGUAUCGAAUCCGAGAUCGAAUACGCACUUUCUACGCUCACUUACUACUCGUGCAAUGAACCAAAACUCCUUGACUUCACGUCUCAUCUGCUUAUGGGUAGGGAACUCAUUCGUUACUUUGUCAAGCCUUACCAUAUGAUUUUAGAGGGUAAAGAGAACGAUGUGCGUACUGAGAUUGUUUCUUUGAGUUGUGAAUCCCUUCUAUCCUUGAGAAAUGCCGUUCAGGAUCUCAACAACCAGCAGUGGCUUUGCCAGAGAGACAACUUCCGCAAGUUUGCUGGUGAAGCACUCAAGUUUCUUCUGAACUGGUUCUAUAACCCUGGCGUGCACAAGCUGCAUCUUUCCCAGUUCUCUGAGCUUUUCCGUGAAUCUUACUUGUACUUGCUAGACAUCCUUGACCCGCUCACGUGUUUCUAUACCAACACGUCCAAGAACGACUCCUUGUUCCACAGCUUGCUUCAUAUCUUGUCUCAUACCUCUGACAGAUACGUGUUGCUCAACACCAUCAAGUGCUUGUACCACUUGCUCUUCACCAAGCUGUCUGAUGACGGGUCCAAGUCGGAUGAUGAUGAUACUCAGGAUACUAAUAAUUGCAUAGACGCUUUGCUGAUAGAACAUCUUCUGAUCAUCGUGAGAACCUUGCUCAUCAACGACGACGAGCUCACAUACGCGACUUUGCAGUUCUUGAGACAAUACUUGACUUCGGAUGCUUUGCAUUCUCAAUACCCUACCUCGGUGGCUAACUCUCAGCUCCACCGCCUGAGAAAGCUCAUGCAAGCCAACUCCCAUAUGUCAAACACUCACAUCUUGUUGAAGCAGCUCCCUGAGUUGAUUGUGGCCAAGUUGCCUCUAGUGGAUCCACACAAGUUCCAGAAAACCUUACCUGUCACAUUCACCAAGCGUUCCGCAUACGCUGGUAUCCCGCUCAGCACAGCAAAACUUCCCAAAAAGCUAUACGACAUUAUUAUAAAUUUCCCUGAACCUUUGAGAGCCACAACCUGGCUCCGGUGUUGUUACGAGCCAUACACACAAGUAACUAAUCCAGAUGACAACACCAAGGACGUCGCUGCAGGUGAAGUGACCCAGAUCUCUCUUUGGAAAGCCUACGAGAACCAGUUCGAAGCCAUCUGGAAGGAACGUCUCAACCCUAACUGGCCAAACUUGUUGCCAGCUGUGGAGUUCAUCAAGAACGUGAGCUCUGCAUUCCCCAACUCCGAAGCUAUGGUGGUGAACCUCCCACAGACGGAUCCAUCGCAACAGCCACGUAAAAAGUUUAUCAUCAAGGGUAUCCAGCCUCGUCAGUACCCUGUUAACGUUGAGAUUGGUAACUUCGAGGCUCUCAGAAGCAUACCAGCUACAGCAGAAGAAAAACACACCCACACUGCACCAAUUGGUCAUAUAGACGUGGAAGCGUUUGAAGCCGCAUUGUCAGCCCAGAAUGAGUCGUUGCUCCAGGCGUCAGUUGGCUUGAGUGGGCCUGAAGAUACCAACGCACCAUGGUUCUCGCCAAUCAACGGCGUAGCCCGUGAUGUGUUGGGCAAGCUCGUGGAUGACCUUCUCGAGCCAGACACCGACGGUGCCUACAAGAAUGUCUUCAGACAGUACAACCGCGAGUGGUUGCCAGACCUCGUAUACGUGAACCCGGGGCUUGUGGAGCAGGAGUAUAUCAGCGGGAGAUGGUUGCUGUACCUUUUGUAA